UCCCCUACAGAAGCUUGCAUGGAUUUUUAAUUUUUUUGGCUCUCCUGUCCUUAUACUGUCUCGCCCUCCUCCUUAUCCCAUGGCUUUCACGUUUUUUUACUCCAGCUCUCAGCCGCCCUCCCCUCUUGCUCGCUACAGCUGCUCCGUUUUGUGUUUAAAAAAAGAUUUCAAAGUGCUUAGUCCUGUUUGUGGAAGCAUUAAAUGAGAAGAAGUGUCAUAUGCCUCUGGUGGUAAAACGGCUGCUUGUGAAAAAAAAAUCCUCCCCUGAGCCACACUUCAGAGCAACAGCCAAACCUGAUCGCUUUGCACAGCGGAGUCCAUACUGCCAAGAUCUGGCGUGUCAUAAAUAGGAGAGGAAAAAUGUAGCUUCACCAGCCCCUCUCUGCUCCUAAAAUGCACAUUAUUUUCUCUUUGCAUGGUGGCUUGCUGUAGCUGUCCCUGGUGUUCGCUAAGAGGAGUCCUCAUACCCUCCGGUAGUUAUGCUAAACUUCUGACAAGCUGUGUUGAAGUCCCUCCUUUAUAACUGCGUUUUAAGAAGAGAAAUCACCGUUUGGAUUAUUUCUAUAAAACAUUCAAUUACAAAAGUUUUGGCAAUUUUUUGAAUUCAGGUGCUGCAAUGUUUUUGCAUCAAAGUUCCUAUAGCUUCACCUGGAGCCCCGUGUGGUUACCCGUAAAGACGAAUGAAAUAAGAUGCUGUGUCUUACAGUUUUCGGAAAAGAUACAGAGAUAAACUAGAACAUCUUUCAUCCUCCAUCUCAUCAACCUUGACUGGAAAGUGACACCACCCGCUGGCUUACUCUGUGAAUUGUUGCCUUGGCAGUUCUAUUUAUUCUCUGUGCGUGUGUGUUUUUGUUCUGCACUUCUGUUUUUAUUAUUUUUGAUUCAUAACUGUGGGUUGUGACUGGUUUAUUAGCUGGCGAUUUUUAGAAAAGCAGGUUUCUUAAACUUGAUCACUUUUCUUACCUGGAUAAGGAUCAUAUUCUGUUACACGGAUUAUUUUUGGAAAUUGGGUACCUAAACUACAGGAUGGGUGACAACUGUUAGGCCUGACUUUCUAUUUACGCCUAUUUAUUUAUUUAUUUUCCUCAUGGCGGCACCUUACAAGGUGGUUGUGAGUAAACUUACAUGUUACAACAAUGUUGUAUUGGACAAUCGACUGCAGAAUGUAGUUCAUUAUUGCCCUGGUGCUUGCCAGGCUCAUAGAUUUGGAGUCCAGUGUCUGGUGGCCCAUCACACUAUGUGUUCAGAACUUCUAAAAGCUCCAGAGACAACUUCGAGCCAUGCCGGGGAUGUUACAAAUAAAAGCACAGUUGCAGAAAGUGCGAUAUGUGGCGAGGACUAUACGCACUUAAACCCUCGGGUUAAAAAAGCCUCGACCAUUCAGAGUACCAGCAGCCUGAAGGACAUAACGGGUGAAGCCAUAAAUCUUGCCAGUGGAAAAGCCAAGGAAUUUUCUUUCGAAAAGCUAAAGAAUACUCCCACCCAGCAUGUCAACUUCAGGAAAGGACGCAAAGUCCGUCCUGAGUCCUUUGGUAGAAGGUCGGCUGACUAUGACUUUAUAUUUGGUCAGUUUGGCAACAAUGAGAACUGCCCUCCCCUUGGUUUGUUACAGGUAUCGGAGGAAAAAACAUUAUUGCCACAUGGUACAUCUUUGGAACAGAGCAUUAACAGCAUGGCCACAUUAUAUCUACAAGGACUAUCAGAAGAAAAUCUCAUAAACCAGAUCCUGAAAAAGCACAAACUUGAUGGUUCUGGAUCGGGAGAAGACAUAAAAGUAUGCUUGGACAUUCUACUUAAAUGUUCUGAAGAUCUAAAGAAAUGUACCAAUAUAAUCAAGCAGUGCAUCAAAAAUAGAUCGGUGGGAGGGAACAGCAGUAAUAUGGGCGAGGGAAAAGGUGCUGACCAUUUUCCAAAUCCUGAAAUUAUUUAUAUGAAUGUAAUGGCAAGACUAUCCUCCUAUCUGAAAAAGCUUCCUUUUGAAAUGGAGCACGGACGAACUGAACCUAGUGAUCUGGCUGAACUUGUAAAAAGCCUAAAUAGUUUACAGCAGCAUCCAUUUUCACCUAUUUAUGGUCAUGAACAGCCUCCUAAAUAUGAAGAUGUCGUUCAGUCUCCUCCUUCACUAAAAGCCAUUUCUUCAUCUUCUAGUGAAAAACAAGAUCCAGUGGCACAAAGCACCAAUGCUAAUGAUGCCUCAGUAAAAACUAUUUCAGAAGUUGCCCCUCCGCUGCCUGCAAAAACUUGGCAAAGAGGCAACAGACAAAUCCAGGCAAAUUCUUUAAAAAAUUAUCCUUCAUUUUCUCAGCAAACCAUGCCCCCAGCACAGCCACAUUCUGGGGAAAAGCUGCCUAGGGGUUCAGCUGAAAAACUUUUUAUUGAAGAGGAUUCGGAUUCUCAAUCUGCUCUUGGUUUCCAAAAAAGGUCACCAAGUGCACCAAAUUUACCAGCAUUGUCAGAGAGCAGACGCUGGUCAAGUGAAAGUCCGCCAUCUCAGAAAACAGCUGAUGCGCAGCAUCCCAAAGAGAUGACUUUGAAAUUGUCUAGCAGUUCGUCUCAUUCUCCUUCUAGUCAUGGGAGUGCUAGAACAGUCAUACCCCAGUAUAAAAGCAACACAGGCAUACCCCCUAAAGUAGGUAGGAGCAGUGAUCAUGAGGAAAUUGACAAGCUACUUUUGGACUUGGAGCGUUUUUCUCAGAAGAUUGAGAACACUUUAAAAAACCCACCACUUUCCUCAACUGCUUCCUCUAGAACACAAUUAUCGGCCCCUACGGAGGAGCACAAUUUACAAUUUGCCUCAUCAGCACAAGCCAAGGGAGGUACUACAGAGAAAUCGGAGGAUGAUGACAACCUUUUGUCACGUAUUUUGGGCAGCAUUGAGGACUUUGCCCAGGAGCUGGUAGACUGGCGGUCAGGUAGAGGAACCCUGUCAAAACAAAAGGAAGUAAUGCAAAUUCUUCAAGAAACUAUUGUACCUCAGAGCCCAUUGCCCUCCCCAACUAACCAAAACCAAGUCAAAGACUCUGGGCCCACUUUGUCAAUUCGGCAGACCCCAGAGGUAGUGAAGGUUCAGAACAAGCAGGAGAAGAAGCCAGUGACCCCUCCUCCUGCCCCUGUCACUCCAGUAAUUACACGACCUGCCUCCCCUCCACCUGUCAAAGUAACAGUCACCCCUUCCCUGUCUGUAAACAUUCCACGAUUCUACUUCCCCAGAGGACUGCCCAACCCCAGCAACAACCAUGAUGACAUCAUCACUAAGACUGAAGCAAUUUUUGCCAGUAUGGACGAUGAAAAGGCAGAUAUUUAUGAAAUGGGGAAGAUUGCCAAGGUUUGUGGUUGUCCGCUCUACUGGAAAGCAGCACUGUUUAAUGCGGCCGGUGGAGAGCGGACGGGAUUUGUGUCUGUGCAUUCGUUUAUUGCAACGUGGAGAAAGUUGCUACAGAACUGUCAUGAUGACACUUCCAAAUUCAUCUACCUUUUAGCAAAACCAGGCUGCAGCUAUUUAGAGCAAGAAGACUUUAUCCCCCUCCUGCAGGACAUUGUUGACACACAUCCUGGAUUAACGUUUCUCAAGGAAGCUCCUGAAUUUCACUCUCGUUACAUAACAACGGUCAUUCAGAGAAUAUUCUACACAGUGAACAGGUCCUGGUCGGGAAGAAUCACACCUACUGAGCUUCGCAGAAGUAAUUUCCUGCAGACAUUGGCUCUGCUGGAGGAAGAAGAUGACAUUAACCAAGUGACAGAUUACUUUUCCUAUGAACACUUCUAUGUCAUAUACUGCAAGUUCUGGGAACUGGAUACUGACCAUGACCUGUACGUCGACCAGAAGGACUUGGCAAGAUACAACGACCACGCCUCUUCAAACAGAAUAACCGAGCGGAUAUUUUCUGGAGCAGUAACACGGGGGAAUGCUGUGCAGAGAGAGGGAAGGAUGAGCUAUGCAGAGUUUGUCUGGUUCCUGAUUUCCGAGGAAGACAAGAAAAACCCCACCAGCAUUGAGUACUGGUUCCGCUGCAUGGACAUGGAUGGAGAUGGAGUGUUAUCAAUGUAUGAGCUAGAGUAUUUUUACGAAGAGCAGUGCGAAAAGAUGGAGACCAUGGGCAUCGAGCCACUACCCUUCCAGGACUUGUUGUGUCAGCUCCUGGACCUGGUGAAACCAGAAGAAGAAGGUCGAAUAACACUGAGAGACCUGAAGCGAUGUCGAAUGAGUCACAUAUUUUAUGACACUUGCUUUAAUCUUGAGAAAUACCUGGACCAUGAGCAGCGAGAUCCCUUUGCCGUGCAAAAGGAUGUGGACAAUGAAACACCAGAGCCAUCAGACUGGGACAGAUAUGCAGCAGAAGAAUAUGAAAUAUUAGUUGCUGAAGAAACUGCUACUGAGCACUUACAAGAAGGGUCUUUUGAAGAUGACUACGAGGGAGAGGACAUCAUCUCUGCUCCCGAGAUCACCAAUAAGAUGGAUAAACUGGUCAUUUCUGACCUUACCGCUUGAGGACAAUCUCCAUAUCUCUGACUGGACAAUCAGACUGAGCUGUAUUUAAGGAUUUAACCCUGGCCACAAACAGGCAUACAGGGGAAAAUAGAAAAAUAUAUUUUUUAUGUUUUUUUUUUUUUUUUUUUUCUCUUUUGUGAGAGAUUUUGCUUUUGUUUUGUAAGAUACUCUGGAAUUGUUCUGCUUGUAUUACCUGCAUUGUGCGUGCACACGUUAGCUGUCCAAUGAACAAAAGCCAUGAUGUGCAAUAUGUCUUAAUAACUGUGCCACAGCUGUAGAGGAACCAAUCAGCUGUCUCAUUUCACCUUGGGGGUUUUAUUCACUCGUUAAAUACUGCCAAGGAUGUUUUUUAACGAUUGUCAGAAUCGAGUUUAGCUGUAGACCGAACCAAAGUGGGCGUAAAUGGAAGAACUUUAUUAGAUAAAACAAGAGACAUUUAUAAGGGAGAAAAUAACACAAAUAUUUAUUUUUAUUGUUUAAAUGCUUUUAUGUGUAUAAUUCAUAGUAUUACCUACCUUCUGUAUACAUGUAUAUAGCACAAGUCCUAUGGAACUCUUCAUUUACAUGGAAACGAAAAAAGACUAGCAAAGCAUUAUGGGAAAUGUAGUUGCACUUUUAGGAAGCAGAAUAUCUCUAUGAAAUCUGCCUUUCUCUGACUCUUGGGAUUUUUACCAGUUUUGGGUCAGUGACAUUGGAUUGGGUUCAGGUUUACUGCCCAAAAAAAAAAGUUUGUAGUAUAUGGGAGUUGGCUUAUGGUAGUUUCCCUGUAUAAGGCUUUUCACACGGCAUAAUGCUUCAGAACAGAGUCCCUUCUAUAAAAAUUGAAGUAGAUCAUAUUAAAGUAGAAGUCUACCACCAAGGUACAGUUGGAGAGGGGUUAGAACUACUGCCAGUUUUUUUUGCUGCUGUAUCCUCAACAGAAAGAUUUAAAGCUGUGUUAAUCCCAAAAACAAAAAUGCAAUAUAAUUUUCCGAAGCAUUUUUUUAAGUGCUUUUUCCUUUAAUUCACCUGCUGAUCCCACCAGUAACGCAACUCCUGUCUUAGGCUGUCUACAUUUUGGAUAAAGGAGCAUUGAAGAGACUUUCGGACAACAACAUUGUCAAUCUGGGGGGGAGGGGAGAGUUGGAUGUACUAUCCGAUUAAAGCCUCGUACACACGAUCGGAUUUCUGUCGGACAUAGCCGACAAUGCAGCAGUGACUUUAAUGCAGCACAAACAGUGUUGUCAUCCUGUUACUGUAUGUGGAAAUGAUUAGAUCUGCUGGCAGGAUCAGUAAAUAAUGACGCUAUUACGUGGAAAAACACACACUGUAACAAAUGUCCUCUUAUUUGCCUAUAGUAAGUGCUGUGCAAACUGUUGGCACUAUACAAAUCCUGUAUAACAAUAAUGGUUCUACUUUAGAAAAUCUCUCCAAUGGGUUACAGAUGGUAAUAAAAACUUUACAGGGGCUGUCCAGAUUGCAUUUUAACAGGAAGUGAGGGGGAAUCGCUGCAAGGGUGGUGGAAACUAACGCAAAAAAACCUGAUGUUAACCCCUUCCCAUUCUAUCAAUAACUGAAAAAAAAUUAUAAACAUCAACUUCAAAAAUGUCCUUCAAUAAAUAUAUACAAUAUAUGUUAUUUAGACCAAAAUGCAAAAAUAGAAACGUAUAAUAUAGCAAGAUGCAAUAUAAAAUUCUAAAUUUAGUUUGAUACACCUAAUAAAUAAUGUUUGUAUUUUGUCUAUUUUUAGGAUAAUAUCUUGAUGUGAUCUUUUAUUUACCGUGUAAACCAACCACAUGCCAGCUGUAAAUAUAAGUGUUAUGGCUCAUUCACACCACGUGCAUUGGGCUGCAUAGCCCAAUGACAAGCUGAAACCCAAUGUUUCCAAUAGCCCAGUACACACCAAUGCACUCUGUUGAGGUGCGCUGGAUGAAAAUUGAGCUUGGUGAAUUUAAAUGCAGCACAAAGUGCUGCAAUGCACUAUAAACCUGCCAUAGGAUCAGCUUAAAGCGAAGUUCCACACAAAAGUGGAACUUCCGCUCAUUCUACUCCUUUCCCCCUCGUGUGCCACAUUAGGCACCUUUCGGGGGGAGGGGGGACAGCAUACAUGUCUUUCACAGGUAUGCGUUCCCCGCUUUCGCGAGCCUCAGCCACGGGUAUUGAUGUCACGGCUGGGGCUCCCUCCUCCUCCUUCCCCUGCCACCAGGCCAGUAGGAGAGAGGAGUGGAGCCUUGCAUAUGCGCAGUAGGUUUCCCAGCGUGAAGCCGAAAGGCUACACUACCGGGUUCCCUUACUUGCAUUGGAGGCGGCAGCACCAGACAGCUGAUGGAAACAUCGCUGGAAUCCAGGACAGGUAAAUGUCAAUAUAUUAAAAGUAGUAUGUGUAGCUGCUGGCUUUUAUUUUAUUUUCAACGGUGGGCGGACCUCUGCUUUAAUGCAAUAGAGUUAAAAUUGGCACAUGUCAGCGCCCACUAAAUGCAAUCCACGUGUUGUGGAUCCAGUUGUUGGCUAUCCAAGUCAGUGACUUGGAGUGUGAAGAAUACCUGUGGAUUUAUACAGUUUUUGUAUAUUUUCUUUUUCUUGUACAUGAUCUGGGCUUAGGCCUUGUGUACAGCUAGUAAUUUAGUAACUGCUAAAGCAUUGCUAUUACUAUCAAAUUAGUGCAGGUUAGAAAGUGUCAAAAGAUCAAUGUACUUCAUGGGGAUUUAACUGAUAUGCCUAAGCCUUGUGUGCAUACAUGUAAAGCAUUCAAUGUAGGGAGAGCCAAACUGUAUGACCAAUUUCUGCAAAAAGUUGAAUUUAAGUGUACCUGUCACUAACUUACAACAGAUAAAUAUCCAAUAUAUCCAAUCUUUGUCUGUAGAAGAGUGACUUGUUCUUUCUCUGCAAUUCUCAUAUCCCAUAAUGCUCAGCUAGCCUUCAAAUGGUGAACUCAUUGAAUAACUUGGUGAUACUUUGCCUCUUGUGGGUGAUUGUGUACAUGGGCACUUUAGCCAGCCAAGCUCAUUCUGUGUAUAGAACAGGAGUUGACAACACACAGUAAACCUUAUCUGCAUUUAGAAUAAUGUCACAGAUGACACAUCACCAGCGGCACAGAAGAGCUUUUCACUUGCUGGGCCCAAACACUGCAAAAUCUUCCCUGCUAGGGAGCGAUUCAUUACAGACCGAUAAGUGAUCCAGGUACUAGCGAGUUGUCACCAGCAACCAGAAUCAUCCCCUGUGACAUCAAUCUAAAAGUGAGCAGUCAGAGCGAGCAAUGAAGAAUACUCUUAGUUUUGUAUGCAGGAUAUUUUUAGCAAUCGCUCUGAAUGCUCAUCGUCCCACCACGAUUUUGUGCCUGUUGGGUUCAGUGAUCAUCUCUUUACAACCAACAGAUACAGAAAACGUUCCCAUGUACACAGAUACAGAGAACGUUCCCAUGUACACAGAUACAGAGAACGUUCCCAUGUAUACAGAUACAGAGAACGUUCCCAUGUACACAAACACAGAUACAGAGAACGUUCCCAUGUACACAAACACAGAUACAGAGAACGUUCCCAUGUACACAAACACAGAUACAGAGAACGUUCCCAU